AUGGAGGCACCUGAUGCUGCUCCGACUCGGAGCCCUCACCACGAGAAUCGCGCGCCGGAGCUUAGCGGAAGCAAGAGGUUGACAGACGAGACACCCAUUCAAAGUACAACAGAAAUGAUUGCGAACGUUGCAAAAAAGCGGCGACUUGACGAGUCAGGUGCAGCGCAAGUCAUACUCGGGUUGACAGAAGCCGAAGAUGAUAGCGGGGCCAGAAUGGUGGCGGCAGAAUCCGACGCUCUUUCCGGUCAUGCAAAAGCGCCCUCCAAGUCAUCGCCAAUGCAUCAUCCGGAUGCACAAGAAAAUUCCCGUCACAUCCUACAAUCUAUAGGACUUCUAGAGGUAGAUGUCGAUGAGCGAGAGGAUGUCUUGGGAGUGUCUACUAUAGAAUACCAAGCACCCUUUGCAAGUAUGGUAGAAUUAGAGGCAGCUAGCGUAACGACUAGAGAGCGCUCACCUAGGUCUUCCUUACCUUUCGAAGAUCCAAGACUUCCUCUAUGGAAGGCCGAAACUCGGUCUUUUAAGGGAAUAAUGUUUCGUUACACUCUACAAUUUGCCAUCUUCUGUGACGGAUCCAGCGAGAACACUCGCUUUGCACAGUUCCGCGGGGACAUAGGAGGAUAUAGAGAAAGUAUAGACCUUGCUCCCAACUGCCUCGAAGCUAAAUUCUUUACCAAAAAGAAAGAGGACGGCUGGGGCGUGGAAGACUUUGUUAUUUUGAACUGGUUAAACCGCAAGGUCUAUAGUGCCGAUCAUGCAGAAAUCAGCGCUCUUUCGCAGGGCCUCGAGGAGGUAAUCAAACGUGUCGACCAUUUUGGUCCUCCAUCAUCCACGGUCAAGAUUUUCUCGGAUUCGGUGACUUGCCAAAGGCGUAUCAAUAAGGGAAUACUUGUUGGUGACGACUUCGUGUCGGGCGGUAACAACCUUAUGUUAGAUGGCAGCAAUGUCACGUCGGAUGGAAAGCGCAAAAGGACGGAGGCGUCUUUUCAUGACAAGCACACAAACCCCACUGUCCGCGCAAUUUCACAUUAUCUAUUCGGCCGCGGCUGCACCAUAGAGAUACACUAUUUGCCUCGCAACCUCACUUUCGCCGCAUUUCUCGCAGAUCAUGUCGCUGGCUCGUGGCGGCUGAAAGCAGCCGUGUUCAGCCAGUCGAAUCUAGCACGCGAAGAAAGGGACGGGGUCAACGAGAUAGUGCGUAGAAGAUCUACGGCUCCACCCAAUCCUCGGCCUCCCAAGAAGAGGAAGGUGAACAGACCAUCCUCGAAGAAUAAGCGCCUUUGGAACAACAAGCGCACCCACAAGAAGUCCCGCUCGGCUAACAACCUUAACGCCCGGUCCUUUCCUUUUCGCCCCUCACCAUCACCAUACCGCCAAGCCUCUUCUUCUCAAUGGGUUCCAAGCAACCCAUUUCCGCCUGCCCCGGCUCCCUCGGCCAGCGAGCCUUCAUUCCCCCAAGACCACAGCCGCCCAUAUGAGGCCCGCCUGCCUACGUUGGAUACGUUUCCAACGUGGUUCUUUCGAGAUCCUACACCGCCUCGCAAGGUACGUGCUCCGACGCCCGGACGCUGUUGGGAGAUAGAGGACGAGGAUGAAAUUGAGGUUGGCAUUGUUCGUAAUGAGGGGGGUGAGCCUGGUGAGAUGGAUGGUGGGGGACAGGUCGGAGGGGGGGAGAAGAAAGAGGAUGAGCAGGAUGGUAGGAAGAAGGACCAGGAGGAGAGUUAA